CGGGCUCCGAGCGCUCCCGCCGGCCAUGACCGGCGAGAAGCUCCGCUCGCUGCGCAGGGACCACAAGCCCAGCAAGGAGGACGGGGACCUGCUGGCGGCCGGCGAGGACGAGGCGGCCGCGGCGCCCGGCGGCGCCUUCACGGGCGGGAAGGGCGGGCGGGCCGGGGGGCACCGCGGGCCCGGCGCGCACCGGCACCGCCCGCCGGCCCGGGCCGCCCCCGCCGGGCCCGAGCGCGGCCCCUUCCCCGUGCACGAGUGCGUGUUCAAGGGGGACGUGCGGCGGCUCUCGGCGCUCAUCCGCACCCAGGGCAUCGCCCAGAAGGACAGUCACGGAAACACUCCUUUACAUCUUGCUGUGAUGUUGGGACAUAAAGAAUGUGCCCACCUGCUUUUAGCCCAUAAUGCUCCAGUAAAGGUGAAAAACGCUCAGGGAUGGAGCCCUCUGGCCGAAGCCAUCAGCUAUGGAGACAGACAGAUGAUUUCAGCACUCCUGAGGAAGCUCAAGCAGCAGUCCAGGGAAAGUGUUGAAGAGAAGCGACCUCGAUUAUUAAAAGCCCUGAAAGAGCUAGGUGACUUCUAUCUAGAGCUUCACUGGGAUUUUCAAAGUUGGGUGCCUUUACUUUCCCGAAUUCUGCCUUCAGAUGCAUGUAAAAUACACAAACAAGGUAUAAAUAUCAGGCUGGACACAACUCUGAUAGACUUUACUGACAUGAAGUGCCAACGAGGGGAUUUAAGCUUCAUUUUUAACGGUGACGCCGCACCCUCCGAAUCUUUUGUAGUUUUAGACAAUGAGCAAAAAGUUUACCAGCGAAUACACCACGAGGAAUCUGAGAUGGAGACAGAAGAGGAGGUUGACAUUUUGAUGAGCAGUGAUAUUUACUCUGCCACCUUAUCCACCAAAUCCAUCACGUUCACACGGGCCCAGACGGGGUGGCUCUUCAGGGAGGACAAAACUGAAAGAGUAGGAAACUUCCUGGCAGAUUUCUACUUGGUGAAUGGACUUGUGUUGGAAUCCAGGAAAAGAAGGGAACAUCUCAGUGAGGAGGACAUCCUUCGGAAUAAAGCGAUCAUGGAGAGCCUGAGCAAAGGGGGAAACCUGAUGGAGCAGAAUUUCGAGCCCGUGCGCCGGCAGUCGCUGACGCCGCCGUCCCCCAACACCAUCUCCUGGGAGGAGUACAUCUCUGCAGAGAGUGGCAAAGCUCCUCACCUGGGCAGGGAGCUGGUCUGCAAGGAGAGCAAGAAAACCUUCAAAGCCACAAUAGCAAUGAGCCAGGAAUUCCCCUUAGGAAUUGAAUCGUUGUUGAAUGUCUUAGAAGUCAUUGCACCCUUCAAGCACUUUAACAAACUUAGAGAAUUUGUUCAAAUGAAGCUUCCACCAGGCUUUCCUGUCAAAUUAGACAUCCCGGUGUUCCCCACCAUCACGGCCACUGUGACCUUCCAGGAGUUCCGUUACGACGAGUUCCACGACUCCAUCUUCACCAUUCCCGACGACUACAAGGAGGAUCCCAGCCGCUUCCCGGACCUCUGAGGGGCUGGGAGCUCCAGGGACGGCCAGCCCGGCGUCCCAGGGCCAGGGAACGGCUGCACCCACAGCGGAGCAGAGCCGUGGGCACAGCAAGGAUGGACCCGUGAGCCC